AUGGAGAAGAAUAAGGUCUACACAUUGGCGAACACUAUUAAUAACCAUGUUCAUCACUAUCAACAUCAACCACAAAGACAAAAUUCAUUUACAACAACUGAAACAUUACCAAAACCAAAAAAGUUUGUUUUAUCAUCGGCAUCACUCUCAUCAUCACAAUCAAUAUCAGAUGAAAAUGAAUCAACAUCAAUACAAUCAAAUUUUACAGCAACAACAACAUCGAACAAUAUAUCUGAGACAGUUCGAAAAAAAUCGACAACAAUGCCCGCUUCAUUCGGAUUAAAACAAAAUAAUUUAUUUCCAAUUAAUUUCAAUAAUCAUAAUACAAAUAAUAAUCAUAUUGUAUCAUCAUCGACAUCUAAUAAUAAUAAUAAUAAUAAUAACAAUAAUAAUAAUAAUAAUUCGACUAAAUCAAAGCUUAUCUAUCGUAUGAUGUCAUUACGUCGUUCAUCAAAUAAACCAUUACCUCUUAAUUCAUCGCCACCAUUUUCGACUAUUCGUACAUAUUCAACACCAUCUACUCAUUCACAAAUUCAAUCUUCAUUACCACCACAACCAUCUUCAUCCAUUUCAUCUACAUCGUCUGUAAGAUCAGCUACGUAUCAUGUUCGAGCAUUUGAAUUAGCUCGUGAUAGACAUUUAAGACAUUAUCCGUGUACAAUACAUUUUCUCGACGAUACGGAACGAACAUUUCAUGUUGAUCGUCGUUGUAAAGGAAUAGAUUUAUUAAAUGAAGUAUAUGAUUAUCUUGAUUUAAGUGAACGAAAAUAUUUUGGUUUAUUAAUUGAAGAUUUAACACAAGAUACAUCUUAUCGUUGGCUUGAUCCAUUAAAAACAUUAAAAAAACAAUUUAAUACAACAAGUCCAUAUCAUUUAUAUUUUAAAAUAAGAUUUUUUGUAUUAGAUCCUGUCAAACUUGAAGAAGAAUUUACAAAAUAUUUGUAUGUAUUACAAAUAAAGAAAGAAAUUUUGAGUGGAAAAUUAUGGUGUGCAAGAUCAAAAGCAUCACUUUUAGCCAGUUAUCUUGUACAAAGUGAGCUUGGUGAUUAUGAUGCUACUCAACAUCGUCCAGGCUAUGUGUCAGAUUUUCGUUUUGUACCAUUUCAAAAUCCAGAAUUUGAACAUGAAACAGAAGAAUAUCAUAAAAAACACAUUGGUUUUAAUCCGGCUGAAGCAGAAUUAAAUUAUCUAAAAGUUGUUAGUACAUUGGAUAUGUACGGUGUUGAACUACAUAAAGCGUGUGUCAAAGUAUCAAAUACGACAGAUGUGAAUACUGUUGAACUUUAUUUGGGUGUUUCAGCUAUUGGAAUAUCCGUAUUUCAAAAUUCAACAAAAUUAAAUAUAUUUGCAUGGGAUCGUAUUACAAAAAUUUCAUUUAAAAGACGAACAUUUUAUGUUCAAUUGGUUAAAAAUCUUAAUUCACAAGAAGAAAAUUCUCUUGUAUUCACAUUAAGAAGUUAUCGAUCAAAUAAAUAUUUAUGGAUUUCAUGUGUUGAACAUCAUAAAUUUUUUCGUUUAAAUACCCUUCCAUCUUCGCCUAGACGAUUUUUUCCAUUUGCAAAUAAAUUUUGGCACAGUGAUACCAAUGAAUCGAAUGAUAUUUCAUUUGUUGAUGGUAAAAAACGAAUUGAAUCAACUCAAAAACCAUUUGAACGAGUGUCAAGUCGUAGAAGUGUACGUAAUGUUCAAGCAAAUUUAUCAUCAACAUUACCAUUACCGUCUACAACAUCGACGUCAUCGACAUCACAAAAUACGAACAAUAAUAAAACGAUUGUAUUUCUAUCAGCAUCAUCGAUUUCUCUACAAAAGUCAGAUAAUAAUAAUAAUCAACCACCGCCUAAACCGCCACGUCAACCUAUUUUACAUGUAAAAAAUACGAAUCAACCUAUGCAUCAUACAAUACCACACGAGACAAGUACAACAAUUCUUGAAGCAAUCGAUUAUAAACCGAAGAAUGCGACACUACCUCGUAUCAAUGCACAUUCGUCCCAUCCUUUACAAUCGAGUGAAAACACAUCAUCGACUAAUUUAAAUGGAACUAACAGUUUAUCUAAUACAUCAACAAUGAAAAAGCUUAAAUCUGUUCAACAACAAUUAGAUAAUGAUCUUGUUUUAAUCAAACUUAGUGCUGAUAAUGAUGGACGAUAUGGUUUUAAUGUGAAGGGUGGUGCUGAUCAAAUAAAUCCAAUACUUGUCUCACGUGUGGCAUUAAAUACUCCUGCGACAAAUUCUGAGCCACCACUAAACGAAGGAGAUCAAAUAUUGAGCAUUAAUAAUAUAAAUAUAUCAAAACAUACACAUGAACAAGUUGUAAAUAUGAUACGACAAUCUCGUGAAAAGCCCAAUGGUGAAUUGAUAUUGUUAGUGCGUCCAAGCAAAUUUGUUACAUCCUCUCAUUCAAAUCACGAUGAAGAAGAGAUAUACGACAAUGAAUUAGAUUCAUUUCAUGAUUAUGUACGUUUAGAUACAUUAGAAGAAUCAUUACAAUGUUUAAAAAAUGAUUUAGCCAAUGGACGAUUAAUUGAACAAUAUGAGGUAAAUACAAGAAUUGAUUCCUUAUUUAAGGUGAAAAAUUUUAUGGCAGAAAUCAAGAUUAAAAUCACCUUUUUACGUGUUGAAAUGACCAUUUCAAAUUGAGACGUUUCGUCUUUAUUCUAAAGACAUCAUCAGUCA